AUUAAAACACGUCAUAAAACACAGGAUCGGUGCUUUCUAGCACACACAUAUACAACACCGGCCUGAUCACUAGGAGAAUAUGACGUAUUCAGAAGCAAGAACAUGUCAGAGCUGCAUAUGGAUGACACUGCAGCUCUUACACUGAAAAACCUCAGAACAUCACACAUCCAACAUACAACGGGAUGCAGUCGGGGUGUUACCAUCAACCUGCUGUCCUGGGCCAAGAUGGACCUGACCUCCAUGACCUGCAGAUGAAGGUCAACUUCUUCCGUAAGCUGGGUUACUCUCCACAAGAGGUGAAGGCCGCCCUGAGGAAGCUCGGCCUGGGGACAGACACCAACGCGGUGCUCGGGGAGCUGGUGCGUUCAGGGGCGAAGGCCGUGCCCUCUUCUACCUCAGACAGUGAUGAUGGUGGGCCCCAUCGGGAAGGAAGCUCAUCUAGGGGACAGGACUCAACGCUGGAGGACAGCACUGAACCCGAAAGUGACCUGAAACCUAUUGUUAUUGAUGGCAGCAACGUGGCCAUGAGUCAUGGGAACAAGGAAGUGUUUUCUUGUCGUGGGAUUAAGUUGGCAGUUAAUUACUUCCUUGACCGAGGACACAGGCAUAUCACUGUGUUUGUGCCUUCCUGGAGAAAAGAGCAGCCCAGGCCUGAUGUACCUAUUUCAGAUCAGCAUAUUUUGGAAGAGCUGGAAAGGAAAAAGAUUCUUGUAUUUACACCUUCACGAAGGGUCGGAGGAAAGCGUGUGGUCUGCUACGACGAUCGCUUUAUUGUCAAAUUAGCUCACGAUCUGGAUGGGAUUAUAGUGUCGAACGACACAUAUCGUGAUCUGCAAAGUGAACGUCCAGAUUGGAAACGUUGCAUUGAGGAGAGAUUGCUUAUGUACUCCUUUGUUAAUGACAAGUUCAUGCCACCUGAUGACCCUCUCGGCCGUCAUGGACCCAAUUUAGAUAAUUUUCUUCGGAAAAAGGUGAUCAUGGUUGAACCCAAGCGACAGUUAUGUCCAUAUGGGAAAAAAUGCACAUAUGGGAUCAAGUGCAAAUUCUACCACCCAGAGCGAACAAACCAGUCACAGCGUUCUCUAGCCGAUGAGCUUCGAGAGAAUGCCAGGCUAUCUGGUUCAAAAGAGGACAGCAGAGUAACUGGGCCACUAAGAGGCGUGUACCCAAGAAAUGACCCUGGUUUUGGGUCCUGCUCACCCUCCUUGGAGCAAGAACUGGAAGAAAAGCUCAACUUGGAUCCCAAGAGCUGUGAUGGUAGGGAUGUUAUGCUCCAGUACUGGGAUGACAUUUUGUCCACAAAAAAGCCUUUGUAUACAGCCACAAUGGGACAACAUGGUGUUUCGGCAGAAAGAACCAGUCUGCUAACACCUUACCAAACAAACCCUUCCUCUAUUUUCAGUUCUGACUCAGGGCUUGGAUCCUACCAAAGCCAGUUUUCAGAUCCAUCACAGAGUAUUGAGUUGCAUAGGAUGAGAUCCAAUCAUUCACCGAUGUCAGGUAACCCUGGUGUACCUGCAGGUGGUCAGUGCUACUAUGACAACAUGAGUCCUUACUACAACCAUCAGCCCAACUUUGGUGCCUGCAGCUCCCUACCUCUGCCUAACCCUGUCCAUCGUUACAGUCAUACUACUUACAGUGAUAGGUCUUACCCUUAUUUCUUACCACAGGCAACUAGUUUACCCGAACCUUUCCCCUGUCCUAGCUCGCCCAUGUCUCAUGGUGUCUAUGGAAGCCAUAAGCACUCUGGCAUGCCAAAGUCCAAUGCUUUCCAGGAAGAAAGAGAGGAGGUCAGGAAGAAGCUUCAUGCAAUUUUUAAUCCGCAUCAUGUAAACAAAGUUUUGGAAAUGUUCCCGCAGCUGAAAGAUGCGCAGCAGUUGGCGGCAGAGGUUCUCAAACUCAAGUCCAAGGGAGAGUUCUUCUGAUUCAUUGAAACUGUGGGAUCAUAAAAAAGACCGCAUGCCAAACUUUUGAAAAGAAAGAGUCUCUAUGCUCUCAGAAAAAAAAAAAGUGCAAAUACUGUACCUUUAGGAGUACUACUUUGCUCGUAAAAGCUUUGUAGUUGUACUUAGUAUUAAAGGGACCUAUUAGUAGUGGAAAAUGUUCCUAUUACAACUUUAAGGUACUAGAAAAUACCUUUUAGAGGGAGGUAAGAUACAAACUUGUCAAUUUAGUGGUACAACAGUUUGUCUUUGGGGAUCUCCCCAAACUUUGUACCUUUUAUCUUUAAAAUUUCACAGUAGUACUUUAAAGGUACUAAUUACUACUCUAAGGUAUUAAUGUGCACAAUUGUUAGGGGUAGAUAGGGUACAAACAUAUCCUUAUAUGGGUAUCAUAGUAGUUAUUUAAAGAUACCCAUUACAACUCUAGUAAUAUGCACCUUUUAGGAGUAGAUAAUGUACAAACUUGGCCCUUUAGGGGUGCAACAGCUUGACACUGGGACCUUCCCUGAACUUUAUACUUUUUUAUCACCUAGAUUCAUAGUAGUACUUUUAAAGGUACCUAUUACCACUACUUUUACUUACUACUACUUACUACCUAUUACUAAUAUGCACCUUCGAGGGGUUGAUAAGGUAAAAACUUGUCCAUUUAAGGGUACUGCCCCAUUGACAAGGUGUUGUACUUCUAAAUGUACAGUUAUUUCAAUUGUACUUUUAUUUUUGCAGCUUUGAUUUCUCUUUUCUGUUUUGUGCUCUUUGAAGUCUCCAAAACCUUAAUGACUUAUCACAUAGUACUUGUGGUAACUCUGUAUGACUACGAAGUCAAAUGUGUGUCUAGAUAUUUUUUAAGAGGUUGAUGCAAAUUGCAUCAAUUGUUGCUCCUAACGUGUAGCAAACUGUACAGUACCUUGGCUCGAAGGCUACAGAUUUGGUUUUGAACAGAACCUAAAAUGUAAUUUGAGCAGUCUAAAUAUAGACAUAUGUAAUUGCAGUCAAGGAACGGACCUGUUUUAAAUGUUAAGAGUAAUUUUGUAGUUAGCAUGUCUGCCGCCAAUUGUUCAUUCAAAUCAGCUCCACCACAGAAUCGCUUAAAAUAAUAGUAGGUGUGAUUCCUUGUCUCCUGCACUCUUUUCAUUGUAUUUCUUUGUUUGGGUUAAUAGGGGUGGGAAUCCCCUGAUUGAUUUUUAGUACAAUACUUACUUCAAGCACUGUGAUUUGACUCUGUGGUGAAUUGCAUUUUGAAAACUUAUCACAGAGCUGGACAUCAUAUUUCAUUGUGCUUCAAUGUUAUGUUUCAUAUCAGUUUGGUUCUGCUACUAUUUGAUCAUUUAAAAUGUACAAAUGACAUCUCACGUCUUUCCUUCUAUGCAAAACUGACUUCCAUCAUCGCAUUGUUCUUUGCACAAAUUAGUCAUGAUUUUACUUUUAAGCUGUGAAAAAAAAAACAUUGACAUAUAUAAUAAAAUGCAUACAAAGACAUUUCCCAUGCAACCAGUGACACCAUAAUUAGUAAAUGACAAACACAAUCUUCAUUAACCUUUUUAUAAUAAACAUGAAUAAGGGAAUAUGCACAUUUCUUAUGUGUUCACUUUAUUGGUUUGAAAAUAACUUGUAGUUUGAAUAAUCCUGCAGAUAAAUUUUGCAAUCCUAACCAAGUUUUAAAGUAUGCACAUACUGUAGUCUCUAAAUUAAUAUGAGCUGUAAAAACACUACAUACAUCAUAGUUAUUAAAGAAGGGAAGAAAAAAGCAUGUUUUUAACAGUUUUAGAUAAACUACAUACCAAGGAAUUCCACAUACAUGAGUGUUUUAUGUUAACUAAAUAUUAACACGCUGGGAAACCUGCUGUUGUCACGACAUAAGAUGUUUCUGUGAAAUAGUUUCUGUUUUGAUUUUAAUUGUGACUGAUGGCUCUGUUUUAUCUGGCAUCCGAAGUAUGUACUGAAACUACAAUCCAUUUUAAUCCAUGACUUAAACACACCUUCAUAAUUCCACAUGUUUGGUGCUAUUUGUUUCUUUAUUAAAUUGUAUUAUUAUAACUACAGAUUUCAAAGAACUGUUCAUCUGCCUGAUGGCAAUGAUGAUUUGCAUGAAUAUAAUGCAUGUGGGUAAAUGUGUUUGCCAAUGUUAUUUUUGCCUUUACUGCUGAAAGCCGUUUGCAAUGGAACUCUGUUAUAUAAAUAUAAUUGUUGUGACACGAACAAUUGUAUCUAUGACUUAUCCACAUUAUUUACAAAAGGAUGUCGAGUAUGACAGUUUAUUUGAUUUGAAUAGUAAAUCUGGGGAGAUCUCUG